AUGAUGGACCAGCGCGAACUCGAGUCAAACGUCAAGGCACUGACGAAGUGCAUACAGGCCAACGAGCCCCCGGAGACUGCGCUCCACCUCCUAGACACUCUCAAGAAGAAUGCCUCGCCUACGGAGGAGAUGCUGAGGGCCACACGAGCGGGUGUUUAUGUCGGCAAGCUACGAUCCAACAGCAACAAGGAGAUUGCACGGGCAGCAUCGGAGCUAGUCAUGAAGUGGAAGAAGCUGGUCGAGCACGAGAAGAAGAUGAAGGGGGCGGCAGCAGCUAGCAAGGCCAGCUCAUCUCCUACGCCCACACCGACACCAGCAUCGACAUCUGCGGCUACCGCAUCGGGAUCUGGAUCGGUGUCGGAACCUUCAGGUGGUGGUGGUGGUGGUGGUGGUGGUGGCGCAUCGAAGAAGAAGUUUGAGGGGGACCCGGAGAAGCGCAAGUUCGACUCGGACGGCGUGGACAUCAAGCGGACCGAGUCCAACACGCGCAACCAAUGCAUCGGGCUCAUCUACAACGGCCUCGCGUACCGGUCCACGGAGCCGUCGGGCGACAUCAUAGCGCGCGCCGUGGCCGUCGAGUCGGCCGCCCACACGACGUACAAGGGCGAGACGGCCGAGUACAAGAAGAAGAUGAGGUCGCUCUUCGCCAACCUCAAGAACAAGUCGAACCGCGAGCUGGGCCAGAACGUCAUGUCCGGCGUCAUCUCGCCCGACAAGUUCGUCGUCAUGACCGACGACGAGCUCAAGAGCGAGGACAGGCGCCGCGAGGAGAUUGAGCUCGAGAAGGAGAACAUGAAGAGAGCCCAGGUCCCCAUGGCCAAGAAGAGCGUCAGCGACAGCCUCGAGUGCGGCCGCUGUAAGAAGAAGAUGGUCAGCUAUACACAGGCGCAGACGCGCAGCGCCGAUGAGCCCAUGACUACGUUUUGCGAGUGCAUGAAUUGCGGAAAGCGUUGGAAGUUUUCCUAA